GCUUACACGCCAAACGUACCUUUAUUUGGAUACGACGCGUGCCGUAUAUCUCGUCAACUUUUGAUGCCUUAUGCGAAGACCCGAGGGCCAGCUCAGCAACUUGGUUAAUAUGUGCCUACGUACGUACCACGCCUCAAGAUCUCACGAAUAAAUAUAAAUAUAGUAAAAAGGUCCGUUAUGUACGCAUAUGUAACCCAGCAUUAAAGCCGAUCGAAUCUUGAUACAGUUAGUUUCAACCAAUCAUGAAAAUGAAAUUGACUAUUGCCAAUUGAUCUCAGCCACAGCUAAAUAUUGUUUUAGUGUCUUCAACUCAUUAAGCCAUUUCUAUCUGGGAUAUAUUUUCAAGUAGGGAAUAGGAAUAACUAGGAACAAUAGGCUAUAAGUAUAACUAGAGUUAUUAUAAGAUGGGUACCUACGUACUCACUAUGAGAUUAUGCAUGGAAUUGGCUUUUAAGAAGAUGUCAUAUUCGUGUCUUAGAUUAUCCGAUACCUCAUUUAUCUACCCGCCUUCUUAGGUGUCGUCCAACCUGCCAAGCAAAGAUUAUUCAGGUUUCACCAACGACACCCCUCUGCGGCUGAUGCUGCUGAUGAGGGGAAGCGAAUCCCCCAAAGCUCGAGGGUCUCUAUUUCUCGAGCUCCGAGGAGUUCCGACUAACUCUCCAAGAAGCGAUUACGUACCAGAAACGACUAAAUGCUCGCUAUUCAAGGGUCUCUACUAUUACCAUGACCUUCAAAUACCAUGGCGGGGCGUUUAUCAUUAUCGCAACCCUGCCAGACAUGUGGAACAAAUGCCGAGAAGACGUUUACUUGCAUCCAGUGCAAUAACUUUGCCUUCUGCGAUGUGUGUUGGCCAAAGUGGUUCUUACACACUCCGGGCGCCGUUGGUUGGAACGGCAAACCGCACGAGAAGGCGGACCCCCUUGUUGUCCACCGGUUACGUCAAAUCUUAGAACCGAUACGUACGGAAGCUGAACACGAAUCCGAGCUUCUCGAGGACCGCGAUACGACUUGGUUCGGGUUUGGUCGCGAUGCCUUCGGCUACCCCCUAUUCCACGAUUUUGGGCGGUUCGCCGCCAUAAUGAGCGAGACUGUCACUGACGAGACAGUCGAGCGAUAUCCUCAGCUGACGACGUUUAUUGGGGAAACUGGCGCUGGUAAAAGCACCCUAAUCAAACUCCUCAUCGACCGUCAUGACCUGGCGGCGCCUGAGGGUUCCAAUUACUAUGCCCCGGUAACAUCAUCUAGCCAUGAUCGCAUUUCCACCACAGGCGAUGUCCAUCUGUACGCAGAUCCAUCAACUCUAUAUAGCAGCCACCCGUUACUAUUAGUGGACUGCGAAGGUCUGAGUGGAGGAGAAGCCAUCCCAAAGCAGCUGCGCCAUCACCCACAAGGUUCAAAUUCAGAGUCGAACAUUACUAGUACGAACAGACACUAUUUGACUAGAAAGAUCCUGUGGGCAGACACGCCUCAUACCCAAAAGAGAGAAUUCGCCGUCAGCCAAUUGUAUCCUCGAAUUCUGUACACUUUCUCUGACGUUGUAGUUUUUGUUCUGCGAAAUCCAAGAUCAUUUGAAUCAACGGUUCUUGAUAAACUGAUACGUUGGGGUGCGGCCUCUAUUGAUAAAUCACUCAACCAACCCGUACUUCCUCAUGCGAUAAUCGUAUUCAAUGCCACGGAUAUCAAUGUCGAUGAAAGGGAGUGGGAUACUACGACGGCUACGAAAUUGCUAAUGUCAGAUAUUCACGACGCCGUCAUACGUGAGCCGGCCUUGCAGGAACAUGUGCAAACAUGGCGAAGGCGUGGAAAGCUCAUAAGGAGCACCAAGGAGCUUCUGGAAUGCUAUUAUGGUUCCAUAAAUGUCAUCAGGAUCCCAUAUAAGGGGUCAUAUAUGUUGAUAGACGAACAAGUUGGCAAGCUUUCUAGCUUGCUGAAAGACCGCUGCAAGGCUUCGUAUCUGAGGAAAAGAGAAGUGCGCAUGCUAGCUAAUACGGAGAAGCUUCAGUUCUACCUUCAAGCAGCAUACGAUCAUUUUACUAGAGAUCUCAAUAUGCCGUUUGAUUUCGUGAAGGAGACUCUUCGGCAUAGCCCUAUCUCCAGAAACUUUGAGGGGAACAUAUUGAACCUAGCAUUAGCGAUCAAACAGAAAUCUAGUAAUUUGAUUCUUAGCUGCGAUACUGAACAGAUCUUUCGGGCGAUGGGGCCAAUGAUAGCAUCGUGCGUGAUGCUGGACGCUGUUCGUCAGAAUCUACCAGGUACCGCAAGCCGUCUCCUAGAUGAUCGUUAUGCCAAGCCUUGCGCUGGUGCGCUACAGACAUUUGCCGAUAUGUACUGCCCGUGCAGCUUCACAAACCCGUCUUUUAGCGGAGAUCUUGGUCGAUGCUAUAAUGUUAGAUCGGGCCAUAAUCCCAAAGGGCAUCAGAACAAGCAAGGAAAGAUCAUCGGCGACGGCGACUACGAAUCUAGCUUUGAUAUUGAUGCGUUUCGGCCAGUCUGGGAAGAACUACUAAAAGCAAGCCUGGCCCAAGUUCAAGCCUCUAGCUUCAAGCUUGGGCAGGAGUUCCCAGACAGGAGCGAGCUUCAGAUUGCUGCUCUUAUCCACCAGGAACGUUUGAACGAACUCUACUCCAACGUACUAGGUGUGGCGACAGACUUUAUCAGCUAUUCUUUUUGCCUCUGCUGCUUGAGAGAAUUGCCAGAGUGCGCACUGCCAUGUGGUCAUGUUCUUUGCCUCCCCUGCGCCCAAAUAUAUGGGACCAGAACAUCGAGAACCACUAUUGAGAUCAGCCGAUGCCCUCUACAUGUACGGGAUGUUAUUGCCAAUCCACCCUGGGUUAUCGUGACGAAGCCACGUUAUGCAGGCAGCCGGGUGCUUUGUCUCGAUGGUGGUGGCGUGCGAGGCAUCAUACUGUUACAAGUUCUCGCCGAGAUAGAAAAAGUCUUGGGUCCAGACUUACCUAUUCAAUUGUUCUUCGACUUGAUUGUUGGUACUAACUCUGGCGGUAUCAUCGCAAUUGGAUUAGGAGUUAAGAAAUGGACCGUCGACGCUACAAUACGGAAAUUCAAGGAUCUAUGCAAGGAGGCUUUCGUACCUCGAGAGAUGACUAGCAUGCCCCUUUUUGGUACACUAUCAAGUCUUUACCACGGUAGUCUAUACAAGACGCAACCUUUUACGAAGGCACUGAGAAAACACUUAUCUGAUCAACCUUUCUUUGGUACCGCAACCCAUAGAUCUCUCGUCACAACUUCAACAAAGGUUGCUGUCACUGCUUCGACAGGCCUUGAGCGACAAGCUGUUGUCUUUGCCAACUAUAAUCGUCCGGAUCUACAUGAAAAGAGACUUCCGUAUAGGUUUGUUAGAUCAGAUACGCCAUCAAAGGAAAUGCGCAUGUGGGAAGCCGCCCGCGCGACAUCUGCAACCCCUCCUUUCUUUAAACCGUUUCUCAAACCCGAAACCAGCCAGGAAUAUGCCAAUAACGAUAUCCGUUACUCAUGCCCGGUGUUGAUUGCCCAUUAUGAGGCCAAGUCAAUAUGGGGCGACGUAGCAGAUCGCCCACCAGACCUGAUGCUCUCUAUCGGCGCGGGUCGUAAUGUAGGCGAUCGUAAUACAGACGACCCAAAUACGUUUCAAUCAUCACGGUCUAUGACUAACGAGACCGUGACGACUGCGGGUUUUAGUACGAGUGCUGUCAUCAGACAAGGUCGAGGAGGGGCCGGAAAUUAUAAGCGCAAAGCCUCAGCAACGUUGCUGCCUUCCGAUGACACAAGUCUGGAGAAUGCAACAAGCGGAUAUGUCGUCCGUGAUCCCAAGACGCCGAUGCUAGUUUCUUUCAACAAUCCCGUCCCAAACCAGACAGACAAGUUAAACAAUCAGCGACAAUGUGACAGGACUUGGAAUCGCUUCAUGUCUAGCAGUGCGAUGAAGGAAGAGUCAACUCGACAACGCCAUAUGCGCAUCUGUCCCGAGCUCUUGACUAAGUUACCAAAAUUCGACGAGUUAGACAAGAUAAGUUCCGUGGAGCAAGAGACCGCUGAGGUGUUACGGCAAAACCACCAAGAUAUCGUCGAAGCCGCACAUAGGCUAGUCGCGAGUACCUUUUUCUUCGAGAAGGACGCCGGCAGUGUAAAACAGACUGCUUCUGGAUAUAGUUGUACAGGUUCUAUCUUUUGUAGAUUUAGGCUUUCCUCGCACGAGCUGAAGGCCCUCGGGUGGUUCCUUGUAUCUCGGUUGGACGGCGACUUUGAGCCAUAUUUCCUCCUUGAGAUACUAGAUGAAGGUGCAUCUUGGCCCCCGCGGCAGAUUGUACUCACGAACUCUGUACUACAAGAUAUGCACUUACAGGGUGGUUUCCAACUUGACCCUGUCCGAAUAAGUACCAUAACAGAGGAUGCACAGGUCAACAUAUCCCUCUGCUUGCAGACUCGUCCUUACCAUAGUGGGGUAGUAGUCUUACCCAUCAGUGGCUUCCCACGAAAGCUCAUGAGCGAAGAUGGCAGCGGGCUCAUAUAUCAGGCGAGCAUCUCAUCAUCCGGGACGUUUUUAUCCGCCGUAGAAAAACGAUCAUCGAUUACGGCGGGCAUAACCUCAACCCCCCGAGCAUCUCUAACCGGAUCAAUCCCGAGUCCUGCUCCUAGCAUCGACUCGUUCAGGAAGCUAUCUAUAGGAAGAGACUCUGGUUUUCGAGCCGAGCUGGAAGGUUAAGCUGAUGAGAAGUCAUGAGAAGAGAAUGAGAAUACUAAUCAUGCCAUAAUUUCACAUCUAGGUCCCCUAAAUGUGUGUAUUAUGAGUUGGGCACCCACGAAGGAUAUUGUACAACUUUAGGGAGAAUUCUUAGCACCUUUCUUACGCUGUAUUAAAGUAGCAACUAUUGAUGUUAUAAAAUAAACUACAUCACAUAAGUUUUUUUACUCAGCACUCUAUCAAAUGAAGAUCCU